CCAGGUCUGGCUGUUGGGGGCAGUAGCAACGAGCAGACGUUGACUCGCACUUGGAAGGAUUCGGACGAAGAACAAGCAACUGAAGAAUGAUGACGAAAAACAACGACGGAAUACCUAUUCCACAAAAGUUAUGAAAACGCGAAAUGUUUUGUAGUCAACAGAUGAAAUUUAUUUAAUGUAACUUCAGUUUCCGCUAGCAUGUUAGCAUCAGUACAGCAAAGUCACCUCUCUUGUUAGCAUGCUAAUAUUAGCACCGUUGCUGCUUGGUCACUUUUGUUGACACCACGUGACAGUUUCAACUUUUUAAAUCAAGCACUGGAUUUGACCUCCAUCUUGAAUCCGUUUAUCUAGUCGAGUUUUCAUAAAUUACGUCAGACAGAAGGAUGUCACCCUACAGGGUGAAAGCUCACGACGUCCAGCCAACAUCACAGACGGCACCCUCCGUGGAAGAUGAUGACGUCACCACUUUGAGCUGGAAGCAACGGUACCGUGACAUCAGCCCCGUGACGCUGCAGCUGGGAGGCGGGGCUGUGAGUGCCAGUCUGUACUGUGACGUCAUUGAUGGACUCCGCGGCCUGGCGGAAUCCUUCCUGGUGGAGAUUUACCGCUGUAAGCUUUGCCAGUUCACCUGUGAAAUGAAGACCGCCAUCAGCAGCCACCUGCUGCUCAGGCACCACCCCCCAUCCCUCACCUCGCUCUCCUGCAUGGACGGGGCUGAGGAGGCGAGGCUUCAGCAAGCAUCUUUGGCCUAUCCGCUGGACCUGGCAGAGUCCAAACAGAGUGAGGAGGAUGAGGACUUCCUGUUGUACAACAUGCUGGACAACAUGAGUCCGCCCACCUGUGAUGUAAACAGCACUGAGGGGGAGCUGCAGGUUGCUCACAACUGUGAGGUUAGCCCUCUCUUUGAAGAGGACGAAUCCAUCUUCCCUCUUAAGAGGACGCCUGUAGAACUCCCUCGUUCCACUGAUCCCCCAGCCACUCAGGAAGAAAUAGCGCAGUCCGCCCACCUCAUGACGCUCGGACUGUGUCGAAUCACCGCCACACGGACGCCUUUGCCUCCGGUUUCCAUCCAACAGCGUCCAGCUGAUGACUUGGACCGACUGCCAUUGAAGGAUACCCGGAAAGACGUGAAGAGACGCCGUCUGUCGUGUUCUCUCUGUCUGGUGAAGCUGCCGUCCAGGCGGCUGUUGGACGCACAUGUCAAGUGUCACCAGUCAUCAAGCAGCGUCACGCGCCGUAGAAAGACAGCCGAUAGGUGGAUGGAGCUGAAGCCUGAUUGGAGGAAGCACCACAGGAGGAGGGAGGAGGAGAAAAAAGAGGAUUCAAAUGUGAAAGCAGUCCAACUUCCUGAAGAUGUAUACACAGAUGAAAAGAAAUGUUUGAUUGGACCAUCUGACAGCAGGGAGAAGAAGGGGACAUACCUGGACAGUGACUUAUCUGCAACUUCAAAAGAAGAAGAGUCAUCAGGUUUCAUCUGUUCACUCUGUCACAGAAAGUUCUCAAGCAAAGUGACACUGCAGCGCCACCUAGGGGUCCACAGUGGAGACAAACCUUUCUCAUGUCCUCAGUGUUCUUACAGGAGCAGACUUAAGGACUCUCUGCUGCAACACAUGAGGACACAUACAGGUGAGAAACCCUACAAGUGUGACGAGUGUCCGUAUGCCUCAAUUGAUCGCAGUUCUUUGCUGCGACACUCGAGAACUCACAGCCAAGAGAAACCUUACAAGUGUCAACACUGUGACUACUGCAGUAUCCAGAAGAAAAGUUUGGAUCUUCACGCUCGGCGCCAUCACACCGGGGAGACGUUUCCAUGCCAACAGUGUGAGUACUCCAGUCCUGACCGCCAGCUGUUACUGCAACAUACACGCAGACGCCAUGCCCCCUCCAAGAGAACCCCCUCGAAACCUACAACUCAGCCCCGUUGGACAACAAAGAUGGAAUCAUCUCAUAGAAAAUAUAAGAAGUCAUAAUAGUAACACUUUAAAUGUGUUCCAGUGUGUUCUAUAAAGAUUUGUGCUUGACUUGAAUUCAUUCAAUCCUGAAGUGAUGUAGGACGAGGAAGGAAAUAUUUUUGGACUAUUGUCAUGUGACAGUCUUUCUUCUAUUUACCAUUUUAAUGCAUUGUAAUAACUUUUUAUAAACAUGCAUUUUCUAAUUCCAGCGUUUCAUUUUCUUGAAAGAAUGGAAGAAGACAAUUUUCGCAUUGUAGAUCUGCAGAAUGUUUCACACAAUAUAAAUUAUGCACAAUGUCAUCAUCAAAUGUACUUAUUUGUUCAUCUAACACACACAGAACAAUGCUAGCAUGUUAGCAACUUCAUGAUGUCACUUUUCUUUUCAGCUGUGGCUGUGGCCAUUUUUUUUAAUUCACAUACCACUUACAGCAAUCUGCUACCCGUAGGGGUCAAACUACAUGUUUUGGAUGCAGCAAAAUGCAUUUGGUGCGCAAUGAGAUGUUUAUGCUUUGGAAAUCACAGCAGCUGAAACGUAAGUUCCACCAUUUUGUAGUUAUUUCAUCGUAUUUGUGACACUUUUUAAUGUCACAAAAUGGCAAUGUUCAAACGGGCUGAAAGUGAUCAUGUUUUAUGCACAACAGGCAUGAAGAAAAUCCAUCCAUCCAUCUUUAAUGCCGCUUAUCCUGCCUAUGGUCGCGGGUAUGCUGGAGCCUAUCCCAGCUGACUUUGGGCAAGAGGCUGGGACAUUGACCAAAAUGCAAAUGCAAGUAUGCCAUAUUUAUUAGUACGCAGGGCUCACAGCGAGGAGACCGGAGUUCAAUUCCACCCUCGGCCAUCUCUGUGUGGAGUUUGCAUGUUUGCCCCGUGGGUUUUCUCCGGGUACUCCGGUUUCCUAGCAUAUUUCAAAAACAUGCUAGGUUAAUUGGUACUCCAAAUUGUCCAUAG